UCACAGCAAGACUUCAAUCCUGGUAACAAUUUUCUUUCUUUCUUUUUUUUUUUUUUUUUUUGUCUUUUUCGUUUUUAUCAAACUCAGGGAUCAAACUCAUGACCACACACUUGCAAGGCAGGUGCUUAUACCGCUGAGCUAAAUCCCCAGGCCCUCUGAUAACAAUUUUCUACAUUAGCUUUACAGUUGUUGGACAUAACACCUGACACCAUAGUUUCAUUUGACUUAAAGUUUCAGGGGAUUUGGUUCAUGGUUUGUCUCUGUCUUGCCACUCUGGCAUCUGUGAAUACUCGGUUGACCUUCCAGAGUGCAAUUCAAAUUUUUGGCAGCCUCUUUCUGUCAGUUUGUGCUUUCAUCUGGCUUGUUGUGUCCAGUGGGAAGUUGUACUUUUCAGGACACAUUGUUACCCCAGUAAUGUGGUCUAGCUUCACAAUAGGCACCCUCGUCUGGAACUCCCCAGACAGACUUGGGCCACUGUGAACAGGCCGUACCCACUAGGAGUCACUCAGAGAGUACAGGAGCCCAGCAGCCACAGUGUGCUCCAGGGAGCCCAGAGGACCCUGAACUCAGAGGUGACGAGCAUCUCAGAAUGUUCCUCAUUUGUCUUCCUAAAGAGCUUCCAUUUGCUUCAUUUUCUGAAUGAUUUUUCCCAAAGGGACAGCAAAGCUUUUGCGUAAAGCCACAUUAUGCAAGGCUUUUCUUUAAUAUCUCCCAGUCACGAGUUUCUUCCACAUCCUAGCCCCAGCUCCAGCCACCAUCCUCUGUUGCUGGUCCAGGAGUGAUCACAGGACCCCUCCUGCUACCGUUCACCUGGGAAUGUCCACCUGGGAGUGUCCAGAGGUCCUAGGGCUCUGAGGAAGGGAUGACCAUGUGGUCUUUUGUGGUGCAGCCUCUUGCUGUGUUCUUGCAGCAUUUGCAGAGGAGGCAAUACUUGAGGAGGGGUUUUGGGAAGCUGCAGUGCCAGCUAGUCUACCAAACCCCUGUUUCCUGCAUUUCCUUGGUGGUCUCCAAGGUCUGCCCUGCGUCCUUCCAGCAUCAAUGAGUCAGUCAGUGUGUGUUUAUAUGCAAGUUCUAGCAGUCUUCUUGGUAUGGCACCUGGCAAGGCCUUCCCCAGAGAUUGUUGGGGACCUGGACAGGUAAACAUGCAGCUUUGGUUUCUGCAGCCCAAAGAGCCCUAGGGCUGUUGGCUGUGGCCUGAGGCACAUUUCCUGUGGAGGUGGACACCAGCCUGCUCCCAUUGCCUGGAGCCACGGAUCCUGAGCCUAGGCGCUUCCCAUGGUGGCUGAUGGGUCCACAGCCUGUCCCUGCCCUGCCCUGGGCUUGACAGCCUCCAUGGCCCCUCUGUCUUGCAGAUGGACCUCUUCAGCAGGAACCUGCCACGGGUUCACCCAGAGACCCAGGUCAGCGGCCUGAAGAGUCAGCCACGUCAACUGUCCAGGGUGAACGGCUGGUCACUGCCACUCCACCCCUUCCAGGCGGUGGUCUGGGCUACCUACCUGGUCUUGUCCGUCGUCACCUUUGGGAUUGUCAUUCCACUCUUGCCGAGCACCUGGAAGUACAUUUCAUACUCCGUGACCGGUGUUGUGUUCGUGUUCCACUGGGUUGUCUACUUCACCGCAGUCACCAUUGACCCUGCAGAAGCCAACGUCCGACUCAGGAAUUACUCCAAGCCUAUGCCUAUCUUCGACCGCUCCCAGCACGCACAUGUGAUCCAGAACCAGUACUGCCACCUGUGUGAGGUCACUGUGAAUGAGAAAGCCAAGCACUGCAGCUCCUGCAACAAGUGUAUCGCAGGCUUCGACCAUCACUGCGAGUGGCUGAACAACUGUGUGGGGAGCAGGAACUACUGGUUCUUCUUCUGCUCCGUGGCUUCGGCACUGGUAGGCCUGCUCUGCGUGAAGGUCCUCUUGCUGUAUGUCUGCAUCCAGCACUUCAUCAACCCCAGCAAGCUCCGCACGGACCCCAGCUACAAAGACAUCAGCACUGUGACUGUAUGGCUGCUGUUCCUGCCCAAGUGGCACUUGCCUGUGAAGACCCCUGUGGCCCUCUGCAUGAUGGGUGGGGUGCUGCUGGUGGGCACGGUCAGCUUCGUGCUGCUCAGCCGCCUGUUCAUCUUCCACAUCUGCCUGCUGGUCAAGAGCAAGACCACAUUUGACUACAUCAGGCACAGCCGCUUGCAGCAGGGUCUGGAGCCACCGGGGAGGACACAGCUGGGGAGGACGCAGCCGGGGAGGACGCAGCUGGUGCUGCAGGUGGAGGAGGCGGUUCCACAGGCCCUCAAGGACCAGGUCUACGGGAAGGAUGUGCUGGGUCCAGCAAGCUCCCAGGCCAUCCCAGUUGCAGUCACAGCAGGACAUGAAGCUGGCCUGUAGCAGGACUGGGCUAGAUCGACUUAAGUCCAGCAUAACUACUGAAGGCUGAAUCUGGCACAGCACCUCCACCCACCUACUGCUGUGAGUGGGGUUGAGUCCACAGUGAUCACGCCACAGCCACAGGGCCUCUGGAGGAGCAGCUGAGAGCCCCACCCCACAGCUGUCCCUCUGCAGCUGCUGGUCCAGCACAGGCACCACCACGGACACGGACAGAGGCAUGCAAGCUGACUUGGCCUGCUACAAGCUGGUGUCAGGUGAGCAGCCCAGACCUCUUCUGCAGGCUGUGGACAGAGAACAUGCUGGCUCUUUCCCCUUGGGGAUCCAUCACCCGAGGGGCCACUGUCACUGUGCAGUGGGAGGUAUGGGGGCCAAGGCUGGACAAAGAUAAGGCUCUCCUGCUAUGUGUGGCAGAGCUUAAGGUCUCACUGGUCAUCAAACAUGCUGCAUUCAGACAACCUGAUGGUGCAGCCACAGUGCUGCUAUCGAAUCAGCCUCUUGGAUGGCUCUGGUUCUUUAUGAAGCCCGCAGGCCUGGCCAUGCCUCUCACCUAGGAAGGCAGCCUCCUUUCCAGUUACGUGGCCCAUUUGGUCACAACUGACUCCGAAAGAGAGAAAAUCCAAGUUGACACCUAACAAGCAUCAGGACCAAAUGACCAGCUCAAGAUCUUCCUGGCCAGCUACAGCUGAAGCUGAGGUGUUGAUACUGACUGGAGUGGAUGCUGUCCUUAGGGAGCAACAGGGGUCUGUGUCUGCUCAGGACACUGCAGGCCGGUAGGUUCACUGAGGGCAACUGUACCAUGGGUGGCAUUGCAUCUCGGUGUGAAGGAGGAGUCCUAGAAGAGACGCAAGGCUGGGCCACCACACCUGACCACUUCAGCUCCAGCAGAGAGGACUCCCUCUGCCCUUUGCAUCAGGCUGCUGAGCACAGUAGUGCCCAGGAUGGAAGCCACUGCCAAACGUGACUUCAAACCUGUUGUAGACAAUGAGCUGAGCUUCCAAAGGAGGGCAUCUUCAAGGUUCUCAAGGAAGAAUGCAAUCAGAAUCGAUAUAAAGCAAAGUUCCACAAGAAGGAUGGGUUCACACCUGAGAACUACACAGAGAUGGAGCUACAUGCCUGGCUUUUGGCAGAAUCACCAGAGUCAAGGCUGAAAAAAUGCUUACCAAACAGCCACAUGUGGGGCCUUUCUAACCCAAGACAGUGUAUGUGCCUCUGGGGAUUCCUCCCUCUGUCAGGUUUGGAUUGGGUGCUGCACUUUGGGUGCUCUGAGAUGGAACCAGAAGGUAUUUCCUCUGGGAAGUAAAGCUCAUUGCUUUGAAUGAGCUGGCAGAUAUCACAGUUGACAUUCGGGUCACGAAAUCAGCAGGUAUUCCUGCAGGACAGAGAGCAGUGCCACAGCAGCUGACAUGUGUCCAGGCCUUCCUUGGCUUUGACCGCAGGAGGACGGGAUGCUGAGCUUUGGUCAGGGAGACUUCAUCCCUGUGGUGGGUAACUCAAAUGCCAGCUUGUAGAAAGGGGCUUGCCACACGCAAACUGGCAUGUUUUCCCAUAACUAGGUCAUCCUAGGAACCAGAACAUCUAAGAAGCAAGGGAGAGUCUUGGAAGAGGUAAAAAACUGAAAAAACAAAAGAAUUAUAGCCAAAGCUGCUUCUAGCAGUAUCCUGCAGGAACGUAAAACACCUGGCUGACCACGUGGCUGAUGCUCCCUCCCACUGUGGCUGGGACCUUGCUGGUGGGAGUGGAGUGGACAUCAGAAUUCACCUGUCGCAUGGUUUUUAAUUCCAUGUUGUCCAGUUUUAAUUCUGCAUGUUGUCCCUGUUUCCCUCCUGUGUCAGUUUUCUCGCCUUUUUCUUCUGUUCUUCAGUGCAUAAUGUUCAAGGUCCCCUAUAGUCCCAGCUGAUGCCAUUAGCGAGCGAGCGAGAGACAGAGACAGAGACAGAGACAGAGAUAGAGACAGAGACAGAGACAGAGGCAGAGGCAGACAGAGAGAGCAGGUUCCCAUAAAAAUGUCCCCAGCACUCAUGGGUAACAUGUGCCUUUUUUCUUGAAAUUUUUUUUUCACGAGUCCAGACUAUCCUCAAACUCAUGAUCUUUGUGCCUCAGCCUCCCAAGUGCCGAGAUUACAGAUGUGUGUCACCACCCAGCUUCUAAACAUUUUAAGAAAGAAAUAUCACUUGUGGUAUUCAGGAAAUAAGGCAAUGGGCUGGGGAUUUAGCUCAGAGGUAUAAGCACCUGCCUUGCCAAGUGCAAGGUCAUGACUUUGAUCCCUGAUACAAAAAAAAAAAAAAAAAAAAGAGGCAAAAACCA